CCUCUUUCUUUGUACGAAAAAAAGGAAAAUGCAGAUUUUCGUUAAGACCCUUACCGGAAAGACCAUCACCCUCGAGGUGGAGUCUUCCGACACCAUUGACAACGUCAAGCAGAAGAUCCAGGACAAGGAGGGUAUUCCCCCAGACCAGCAGCGCCUGAUCUUCGCCGGCAAGCAGCUCGAGGACGGCCGCACUCUCUCGGACUAUAACAUCCAGAAGGAGUCGACCCUCCACUUGGUUCUCCGUCUUCGUGGAGGUAUCAUUGAGCCCUCGCUCAAGGCCCUGGCCUCCAAGUUCAACUGCGACAAGAUGAUCUGCCGCAAGUGCUAUGCCCGCCUUCCUCCUCGUGCGACCAACUGCCGCAAGAAGAAGUGUGGACACUCGAACCAGCUCCGUAUCAAGAAGAAGCUGAAGUAAAGUAUGGUUACGACCUUGUCCGUGGGCGGUUUUUUCUCACUUGUGGAACUUUUCAGCGUCUCGCAGCAUAACAAACAAACUCUGAAUAUAAAAGAAAAAAGACAAAAAAAAAAGAGUGGUUGUUUUUGAGGUGAAGGCUUUGCGCGUUCUCAAUAAAACGUUUAUUAUAAUCUGCAGAAAAA